UGUAAAAUAACACUAAAAAAUAAGAUUUAAACUUAUGAUCAUUUAAACCAGGUGAUCAUCUCAAUAGAUGCAGAUAAAGCAUUUGACAAAAUCUAACAUCAAUUUUUGAUAAAAACUCUCAUUAAGCUAGAAAUAGGUGAGAACUGCCUUAAUUUGACAAAGAGCAUCUACUAAAAACUUACAACUAACAUGUUAAUUAAUGGUGAAAAACUGAUUGUUUUCCAGCUAGAUUCGGAAAAAGACCAGGAUGUCCAUUGUCACCACUUAUGUUCAGCAUUGUAAGGAAGGUUCUAGCCUGUGCAAUAAGUUCUGGGACCAUUUGGACCCCACGAUGUUUUUCCAAGAUUUUAGACCUUUUCUAAGUAGCAGUCUACUGGACCAAGAUAAUAGAGCCAAUGAGAGGGGUCACCAAACUCACACUGACUUCUGGGGACCAAGUCGGCCUCCACGGCUGUCAGUGACUCAGAGAUACAGAUCUCGAGGAAGUACUCGUCCUGAUAGAUCCCCAGCUUUUGAAAGAGUAUUACAGCAGAUCAUUGCAGGUUUCAUUCCUGGAUCCCCAUUUUCUUGGAGCGGGAUGCUGCACUCCAACCCUGGGGACUAUGCCUGGGGUCAGACAGGGCUUGAUGCCAUUGUAACCCAGCUUUUAGGACAACUGGAAAACACAGGGCCUCCCCCAGCUGACAAGGAAAGAAUCACAUCUCUUCCAACAGUCACAGUAACUCAGGAACAAGUUGAUAAGGGUUUAGAAUGUCCAGUAUGCAAAGAGGAUUACACAGUUGAGGAGGAAGUCCGGCAGUUACCCUGCAACCACUUCUUUCACAGCAGUUGUAUUGUGCCAUGGUUAGAACUGCACGACGCGUGUCCUGUGUGUAGGAAGAGCUUAAAUGGUGAGGACUCUACUCAGCAAACCCAGAGCUCUGGGGCCUCUGCAAGCAACAGAUUUAGCAGUGACAGCCAGCUACAUGACCGAUGGACUUUCUGAAACUAAAGACCGCUUCUGAGCCAGGGCUGUGGUAGAGCUCUUAUCACAUGUGUUAAUUGUAUCAAAGCAAAAAAAAAUCGUAGGUGGAUUUAGGAAUCAUUUAAGAAACCCAUAAUAUUAAUUCAUUGAGUGUUUUUCUUCUCUAAAUUUAAAGUUAGUAUCUGCAGAUGGAAUUGUACCUAUAACCAAAUGCCUCUUAUUCCUGAAUUCAGAGUGAUAAUUUUGUAAGUGUGAAACUUUAUGUGGGUUUCCUCUGCCAGAAUAGAAUCAGUUCCUUAAAGUCUA